AUGUCUGAGAAAUUCACCAACAUAACCAUCUUGAGUGAAUUCUUGCUUCUGGGUUUCCCUGACGGCUGGAUGAUGCAGAGUCUCCAUGCAGCCUUUUUCUUCCUCGUGUACCUGGCAGCACUGAUGGGGAACCUCCUCAUAGUCACCCUCACUACCAUAGAUGAGAAUCUCCAAACUCCAAUGUAUUUCUUCCUGAAGAAUUUAUCAUUUAUUGAUAUUUGCUAUAUUUCUGUCACUGUCCCAAAGUCCAUCAUGGACUCUCUAACAAACAACCAUUCCAUCUCCUUCCUUGGAUGUGCCUCACAGGUUUUUCUUGUUAUUUUUUUCGCUGGAACAGAGUUUGCCCUUCUUAUAGUAAUGUCCUAUGACCGCUAUGCUGCCAUCUGCCACCCUCUGCAUUAUGAGACCAUCAUGAGCAGAGGUGCGUGCUUGCAAAUGGUGACUGCAUCUUGGCUCAGUGGGUGUGUCUACGGGUUCAUUCAUGUAGCAGGUACAUUCUCUGUCAAUUUCUGUGGGUCAAAUGUAGUGCAUCAAUUUUUCUGUGAUGUUCCGUCACUGCUUAUGCUCGCUUGUCCCGGAGAAUUUAUUUUAGAGUAUUCAUUUAUUAUUGUUAGCUGUUGUUUUGCUUUUGUAUUUUUCACCUUCGUGGUUGUUUCUUAUGUUCACAUUUUCUCUGCUGUUUUCAGAAUUCCUUCUGCAAAGGGCAGAGUGAAAACAUUCUCUACCUGCAUGCCCCAUAUUACUGUGGUGACAUUGUUUCUCUUUUCUGGGUUUAUUACAUAUUUAGCAAAAAAUCUGGAGUCUUCAUCUUCACUGAAACUGUUGAUAUCUGUGCUUUACACUGUGCUACCACCAGCUUUGAAUCCUCUCAUCUACAGCCUGAGAAACAGGGACAUGCAGAGUGCGCUAAGCAAAGUGAUAGCUAGAAAGAUGCCCAGGAUAUUUCCUUGA